AUGUUCGAUCUUUUCCAAAGACACGGCCACUCGGGAGUCGACACCUCGCGUGUCUACAGAGCGGGCUCACCAGAGGAGUAUCUCGGUGACUCUCAAUGGAAAGCCCGUGGUCUAAAGGUGCAGACCAAGGGUUAUCCUACAGCAAGAAAAGGAUUAGAGAACUUACGACUGAAAUAUUCACGAUUUGACCCAAAGCGGCGGCAGGGAGGGGCGCAGCAGGGGAGAUACUGGAACGAAGCAUACUUUGAUGCUUUGGAUAUUAUCCGCUCUGUCGCGAAAAUCCACGGUCUCACGGAGUCGGAAUGCGCAUUCAGGUGGUUAUCGCACCAUUCUGGGUUAGAUAGGGAGUUUGGUGAUGCCGUUUUGGUUGGUGCUAGCAGCUAUAGACAGCUUGAGACAAAUCUGGUGGAGUUAGAGAAAGGAUCACUACCAGAGGAGGUUGUGCAGGCUCUAAAUGAUAGAUGGUUACAGGUCAAGGGCGGUGUUUUCAAGUACUGGCGUUAG